UCCUGUGUUGUUUACAAACAUAGAUUAGAUCUCAGAUCUCGGGUCAGCGGGCGGUGGUGUUUACAACGUGGAAAAUUACCAGUCGCUCAAUACCCGGCAUACGGAUGCCGUCGACGCGUUGAGACUCGUCGAGAUGCCGAAGACGAGUCGGAUUUCAAUGAGAGCCAUGCUUGGGCGUGCGUCGCGCUGCUGGCAGUCCUCUACGCCUUUCGUGCAUUCUGGAAUUACUUCAGGACCGUUAAAUUCAUCCUGACCAAUUUAAACGGCCCCCCGGCAUUGCCUUUGGUGGGGAACUGCCGUCUUGUCACAGAUAAAGAUCUUUUGCAGCGUAUGUCUCAUACGAGGUACGACAUGUACGGUACCAUCUUCAGGAUAUGGCUGACGGUGUUCCCGGUGGUGAUCCUCCUCGAGCCGGCCGACAUUCAGGUGGUUCUUGGCAGCACCAAGCACUUGGAGAAGAACGUCUUCUACAGUUUUUUACACAAUCUGGUCGGCGAUGGAUUGGUACUGAGUGAUGUUGACCGUUGGAAAAUUCAUCGGAAAAUCCUUCAACCAGCUUUCAAUAUGAAUAUUCUUAAUCGGUUUACCGACACUUUUAUCGAUGGUGCCAACCGCCUAAUCCGGAAGCUCAUGAAUUCUGCCGAGAAGAAUAUCGAUCUGACCAAGUUCGUGAACGACUCGGUCGUCAACAUUCUGAACGAGAUCGUUUUUGGCGUGACUAUGGCUUCCAAAGAGCAGAGGCAGACGGAAGACGAAGAAUCACCCUUCAGAAAGGGUCAAUUAACGGCUCUGUAUCGUCUGAUGCGUCCGUGGCUCUGGGUGAACCGGAUCUACGAGAUGACAGCCGUCGCAAAACGUGAAGAGGCCUUUCACGCAGAACUCCUUACGGUCUGCAAGAAGAUGAUGGACGAGAGGCGAGAAGUUAUUGGGAAGACGAAGCCGGAUGUGAAAGACGAGGUUGACGAUUCGCAGCGGAGGACGUCCAUCUUGGAAUUCAUGAUCGAAGCAAGUGAGAAAAAUCCGAGCAUUACGGAGAACGACAUCCUCAACGAGUGCUGCGCGUUCAUGCUCGUCGGCCAGGAUGCCGUCGCCUUUGCAAUUACCAUCACGAUGUUUCUUCUUGCGGCGCACCCCGAGUGGCAGCAGAGGUGCGUUCGAGAACUGGAGGAUAUCUUCGAGGGUGACUCAAGAUCACCGACGACGGAUGAUCUUAGGAAGAUGCGCUGCCUCGAGAUGUGCAUAAAAGAGUCCCUGAGACUCUAUCCGAGCGUUCCGGUCUUCGGUAGAAAGUUGAGAGAGGACACCAAAGUUGGAAAUUACGUGAUCCCUGCAGGAUGCGAAGUUAUGUUUCUCCCCUACGUCACCCACCGACUACCACAUUUCUAUCCAGAUCCCCACACCUUCGAUCCGACGAGAUUCGACCCUGACAGCAAUGAAAAUAGACACCGCUAUGCCUAUUUCCCUUUCAGCGCGGGGCCGAGGAACUGUAUCGGGUAUAAGUUUGCGAUGUUGGAAAUGAAGGCGUUGAUCAGCGUAGUCCUUCGGAACUUUCAUCUUAGUACGGUACCAGGGAAGGACGAGUUACGGCUGAAGUACAGGAUCACUUUGAGGGCUAAAGGCGGUGUCUGGGUUAAUUUAAGACGGAGAUAUUGAAAUUCGUGUGAAUUGGACGAGGUGUUGGGUAAGCAGAAGUCCACUGACUACGUUUUUUAUUAGGAAUUUUUUCAGACUUUUAAAAACGGCGUUUUCGGAAUUGGUUUUCAUUUUUCUUCUACUCUACUGGUAGCUAAAGAAAUCUGAAAAAAAUUCCGAGACCCUUUUUGGUCGGUUGCAUCAUUGUACUAAAAAAUUAUCAAAAUUGAAGGCGGUGAGGUCGAAUGACAGCGUAUAUACUAAAUAUUAAUGUUGAGAAAAAAUAAAGUAAAACAAAAGUCAA